CUUAUGGGACACAGGAGUGAUAUAGGGGAGGUUAAUAAAUCGCGCGAGUCUCAUCACAAUAAACGAUGAGAACGAUCAGCUGAUCGUAAGGGAAAGACGCCAUGAGAGAGGAUAUAUAAGGCAUGUAUAUAUAUAUAUAUAUAUUAUUGGAAAAACAUAUGUGUGUUGAGAGGUGAAAGAAACAUGAUGAGAAAGUUAUGCAAUUUACUCCAAAUAAAACUGAUAAUAGUGCAUGAGAUACACAUGAGUAAAAGCUGUAAGUGAAAAAAAAUGAUUCGCAGGAAUAGGACAAAAUAUAAGCUGUUCGUGAUCGCCCUCAUCCUGGGCACAACAAUAUUAUAUUGUGAAUUUCUUGCCUAUGAGAUUCAGCGUUUUAAAUGGGCUGGGAGGGAAUGUAACGAAUGCGUCAAGAUAUUGCUUGUUGCAGAUCCACAAAUACUGGGCGAAAAAAAUGAAAAUUAUUUUGGCGCGUGGUUUGCCAGAUGGGACAGUGAUAGAUAUUUAGCGAAAACAUUUGGCAGAGCUAUGAGCCACGCCCAGCCUGACGUGAUAGCAUUUCUUGGAGAUCUUAUGGACGAGGGUCACAUCUCCACAAUGCAAGAUUUUAGUAGAUAUAAAACUAGAUUUGAUCGUAUAUUUCAAACUCCUGAGCAUAUUUUGACAAUUUAUUUGCCUGGGGAUAAUGACAUUGGAGGAGAGGAAGAUUCUGUAUCAGCAGCCAUUCAUAACAGAUUUAAAUUCGCCUUUUCUCAGCCAGACUCUUUAACUCACAAAAGUUUGAUUUUUUUCAAGGUGAAUCGAUUGACUCAUUAUAUGCCAAAAGCGCCUCAAGAUGCCUUCCUUAAUGAAUAUACAGAAAGAAAUACAACGAAUAUUAUACUCAGUCAUAUGCCAUUGUUAUUCACAUCUGGUUCAUUUGUAAAAAAUGUAAUUAAGGAACUCUCACCUCAGGUGAUUUUCACAGCUCAUGAGCACAAAGCAAUGCAUUUGAGCCUAGAUACGACGAUAGAUGAAUUGAGUGAUAUUUGGAUCUUACCGCCCCAUGAAACCCCUCUCUAUCAGCUGCGUUUAGACAUGGGUGACAUACAUGAACUGCAAAUACCAACUUGUUCAUACAGAAUGGGUACAUCCAACAUGGGCUAUGGAUUAGCCUAUAUUGAUACACGUGACAAAUCAGUGGAUUUUACAAUAUUAUGGCUACCUGAAAGAUUUCCUAAACUAAAGGGAUACCUCUGGAUAUUCUCCAUCGUCAUGAUUUUCAUUAUGUCUAGUUUUAUUUGCAACUGCUGUGUCUGGUCAACUCACGUAGCCUAUUCACACUUACCUGCUGUGUAGUCGAAUUAAAUAAUUUUAUAUAUUA